AUGAACUUCAUUGGAACCUUUCUAGUGCUUCUUUACUUCGGAGGACGAGCCACCGCUACCGGUUCUGCUGUACCUUUAGUGCUAUUGAACAUUCUAGAAGCAAUUAAGUAUCCUCUAAAAGUGAAGAUCAUGAGUUGUUGGCAAGAACCGCUGAAAUUACAAUUUUUCAACGCUCUAAACGAUCGCUAUUUGACGUCAUUCGCUGACGAUCAUAUAAAUCAGUUCGAAGAGGAUAUCAACGAUCACCAAAUACUUCUUGUGGUAGAUUUGAGCUGUCCCAACACAAUCAAUCUCUUACAAUCAGCAGGACAGUUACUGUACAUGAAAUAUCGCUGGCUACUGUUGGAUUCAGUGCUAUUGGAAAAUGACCAAUUCGAUGAGGACACUCAGACACGUUCCUAUUUGGAUCAACUUUCCGAGCUACCCCUGUUGGUCAGUAGUGAAAUUAUGUUUAUGAUUCGACGAGGACCGAACGAUUUUGUGGUGAAUUUUGUUUUCCGAACUGGAUACGACGAUCCGUUGAGAGUGGAAAUAUUUGGAACUUGGGUCAACGGUAGUUUCACGGAUCAUCGUGAACUUGUGGUUACCUCCGUUAGAAGGUUGAACCUACGUAGAUAUAUGCUUCGUGCCUCUAUGGUUGUCACCAUUCCGGAAACUCUUCAUCAUCUAACGGAUUACAAAGACAAGCACAUCGAUACCAUUACAAAGGUGAACUACGUCUUGACAAACGACCUAGUACACUACAUGGGUGCCCGGAUAAACUACUCGGUAGUGUCCAGCUGGGGUUACUACAAUUCUACGACGAAACGCUGGGACGGCAUGAUCGGUGAACUAUCUCACCGAACGGCAGACCUCGGAGCUUCACCGCUGUUUUUCACCAGUGAUCGCAUCGCUGUAAUCGAUUAUGUUGCCAUGACAUCGGCAACUCGCUCGAAAUUUAUAUUCCGAUCGCCGAAACUCUCCUUCACCGAAAACGUUUUUCUUCUACCGUUCGAUGACAUCGUCUGGGUCUGUAUUGCAAUAGUUAUUAUACUUUCUUCCGGAUUGCUGGUUAUAACUGCUCACGCAGAGUGGAGCGUUCCUCUACUUCAAGAUGAUCCAAAUGAUCCUAGCAUUCUACGUCCGACAUUCCGCGAUACGUUGCUCAUGAUCUAUGGAGCUACCUGUCAGCAGGGCUCAUCCACGCUGCCUCGAAGCUGUUCUGCCAGAACCAUCACCAUGAUUACCUUCACAAUCCUAAUGUUCCUCUACGUAUGCUACUCGGCCAACAUCGUUGCCCUGCUACAGAGUCCAUCGACAAAGAUCCGAACACUGGAAGACCUGCUGGCGUCUCGGUUGAAGUUUGGAGCUCAUGAUACAGUUUUCAACCAUUACUACUUCACCCAUGCCACGGAACCUACACGUCAGGCAAUCUACGAACGGAAAAUACGCCAACCGGAUGGUUCGGAGAACUUCGUCCCAUUGGAGCAGGGAAUCGAUCGAAUUCGACGCGGACUGUACGCGUUUCACGUUGAGCAAGGUGUUGGCUACAAGGUAAUCAGCGAGACCUACCAGGAGGAUGAAAAGUGUGGCCUGCAAGAGAUCCAAUAUCUGCAGGUGAUCGAUCCAUACUACGCCAUUCAAAAGAACUCAUCCUUCAAGGAGCAUGUCAAAAUUGGGUUGUUUCGACUUAACGAACACGGGAUCCAGUAUCGCGAGAAUGCGAAUUUCUACACUAAGAAGCCCAAAUGUACCGGUGGAGGAGGCAAGUUUGUACCGGUCAGCUUGGUGGACACCGAACCGGCCAUCCUGGUGAUCGUAUGGGGUGCCGCACUAGCUGCAACCAUGUUUGUCGGGGAGAUAUUUUUGGCGAAAUGUUCGAGGAAAAUUCGUGACUGGAAAGGAGCACAGGUGCUGACCUAUCGAAAAUAG